GCUGACGUCACUCGGAAUGUGGACUGCAAAUUGUCAGAAAUAAGUGACCUGAAAACAAAUUGACAGACGCCGGAGCUGCAGAAAAUGCUUCGUUUUCUCUGCUGUUCCUGCUUCUCCAGUGAAAACUCCGCGAAUGAGAGGCAGCCUCUCCUGCAGCCCAGACCACCUGACCUGAAUGAACCUGCAUCAGCCAGGCAGAUCCCACCUGCACGCAGUGAGACCGUGAGGCGUACUGGCAGGCUGGUGGUGAGGCGAAUGGACGUGCCAGAGUUGGACCACAGGUUUUCUGACGUGGCAGAGACCUUCAACAAACAGCAGGAGCACUAUGAGGCCAUGGUCCAACACAUCAGCAGCCUGCGACAGAGCUGCAACUGUGCCCAAGGCAAUACCCUGGCUUUUGCUGAUUGUGUGGGGACGAUCAGAGAGGAAUACAAAGCCACAUACAAAGUCUCCAUCAAGAUGAAUGGCUAUGACUUCUCCCUCAGUGUGGUCCCUGUGGGGUCAGAGGGCAAACAUGAGGAUGAACCCCUGCCUCCAUGUCUGAAGUUGGCUCAGAAUGAACUGAGGGGCACUUCUGAGAGCGCCAGAGCCACCAUCUCAAAAGGUACCAAGCUUCAAGAGCUGUUUGCCUGGCUUCUCCGUAGCAGGGAUGAAAUGGCUGAGCAAGUGAAGGGGGCUGCAUCAUCUUACCAGGACCAGGGAAGACUGACAAACAACCUGGAGGAGAACAUAAAGGAAGUGAGGAGGGCGAAGGAGUUGUCAAUGGGAUACAAACAACGAGCUGGAGAAGUCCUCACUGAAGCUGCACAGGUUGCAGGGGCUAAUAUGUAGUUUAGGUACAUUUUAAAUACUCUGAAUCUACAAAUGACAUUUUACAUAUUUUGUAUGUUUAAAAAGAUUAUGCACCCACUUUGAUGCUUAUGGGUAGAAAAAAACACUGUGCCACACAGCCAGGCUAAGGUUACAGCUCAGGCUUUUUCUUGAUAAACAUGCCAGUCGCAAAGCCAGGAACAGUCAGUUCAUAAACAUGCAUGAAGCUGUCAGAUAUCAGUAUUAGUAAUCUGCAUUCAUAUCAAAGCAUCUUCAACAACAUCAGGAAUGUUAGAAAUGUGACAGAACAGAUAAAGAGACAUGCACACACAGAACAUCAUGCAUCUAUUUAAAGGCACCAACUAUAUACUGUGCUUUGCAGCCUCCUGUUUUAUGUUCCUUUCAAGGACAUGAAGACUUGCCAUCGUAUUUACCUUUUCAAUGUUUCAUUAAAACUGUGAUGGAUGUAGCAGACUUGCACUAACAAUGAAAUACUGUAAAUUUGUGUGUAACAUGUAAUUUCACCAGCUAACAUUAGGGGGCACUGCAAACUCACUUUAUUAUUCUAUCAGCUGUUCUUCGAUGCAUAUUCUUUACAUAUAGUCUGUCUCUCAGAAAUUGCAUUUCAUCAUUUCAUGGAUCAAGAUUCCCCAAAUCCUAGAAUUUCAUGUAUCCACAUAAUGAAUCUGUCACUUUUUUUUAAUAUAUAUAUAGAAAUUUGUGCCUGAUUAGACAUUUGGAUUUUUGCACUUUGUGGAAAGAUUUUUCCAAAUGCAGGAGUAUUCAGGUUGUGAACUGCUCUGGAUAGUACAUUUCCUCUAUAUUGCCAUCAAGGACAAGACAGGGCAGGAUGCGGUCUAUAAUAACAGAGAACUCAACUUGAGGUUUGUUGUGUCUGUUUUGUGUCCUUUGGUUAUUGCAAUAUUCAGAUGGAGCAGAUUUGCUCACAAAGGCCCCAUUGCAUUUAUCAACUGAUUAAAAUGAUUCAGCUUUCCAGCAUCUGUUAAUGUGAAAGCAAACAAACACAUGGUCAUAUGCCAUCUUGAUAAUUAAUUUUGGAAAAUCCAUUGUUCCAGAGGUCAUUGUCAAGUGGUCAUGCAUUAUUUAUCUGAGAGAGACAGUUUUAGAGUACUGCUUUUGCCUUAAGCUUUGCAGAUUAAUUUGCCAUAACGUGUACAGGAUGUGGUGGGUAAAACCCAAGAACAAUGAGUCAAUCUCAGAGUGAAAUGGUUUUGUAAAUAUGACAAG